UUUGCAGUUUGUAAAAGAGCCCUGUCUUUCGCCCCAAGCCUCUCCAAACCCUAACAAAAACCCUCAUCCAAAACCCUAGAGGGGAAAACCAAGAGACCAAAAAAAGAGAUGGAACACAUAGCGGCAAUGGAAGAAAAGCUGGUAUCAGAUCGAUUGAGGAAGAAGCUCGAAGAAGUGAACGUUGCAGCUCAGAACCAGCUCCAACCCAUCCAAGAUCACGUCAAUUUCAAUCUUCAGAAAGCCUACUUCAUGUGUGCAUAUGAGUGCUUUGAUAGAAGGCAGAAGCAGGAGGCUAUAAAUAACUGUGUGGAGCAUUGCAGUGUACCUGUUCUCAAUGCUAACAAUCUUGUGGAGACCGAAAUGGCAAAAUUUCAAGAAAGAAUGAACCGAUCUCUAAUGGUAUGUCAAGACAAGUUCGAGGCAGCCAAACUCCAGCAAAUAAAAACGGGUGCUAUGAAUGAGUUGGAGGCAUGUGUAAAUCUAGCUAUUGAAGACCAUGUUCGUUCCCUUCCCCAUAUUGCCGAACGCUUGAAGGCCUCCCUCUCCAUCAACAACUGAUCUAAAUUUUGCAAUGCAUUUAAUUUUUUAGCAAGAGAGAUCAUUGAGAAACUUUUAAGUGCUUACAGAUUCAAAGCCUCGUUAUAUCCUACAAUAAUAUUUCUUCUGUAUCUUUAAAUAUUGUUGAGGAUCAGUCAUCAGUGAUGAAUCUGCCUCCAGUUUUAUACCUUCCUGUAUUUUAAGCAUAUUUGUCUACGGCAUCUCCAUUUUCAAAAUGGAGAAUUAUUCAAGUGACUGGUUAUUUUUUUAA